AGAUUAGGCAGGAGACUGUACUGUACUUUGUCAACUUUUGUUAAAGAGAAAAGCCCACCAAACCCUCCAUCCAACUCGGUUUAGAUUAAAACUCGGCCUCCUCUCUAUAUCUCAUCAAAGUAAGAACCUUCUACACACAUCUUGCAAGUCUGCUCAGGACCUUGAUUUUGGGAAACCAGCAAGAGAUAAUUAUUCAUAAUGGUGGAGAUUGUUGGGCCAAGGAUGUAUAGUUGCUGUAAUUGCAGGAACAAUGUUGCUCUUCAUGAUGAUGUCAUUUCUAAAUCAUUUCAGGGAAGAAACGGCCGGGCCUUUUUGUUCUCUCAUGCAAUGAACAUUAUGGUAGGAGCUAAGGAGAAUCGGCAGCUCAUGACAGGUCUUCAUACAGUUGCUGAUGUAUACUGCAGUGAUUGCCGUCAGGUGUUAGGUUGGAAGUAUGAACGGGCUUAUGAGGAUACACAAAAGUAUAAGGAAGGAAAAUUCAUACUUGAGAAAUCAAAAAUUGUCAAGGAAAAUUGGUAGCACACAAGAAGAUUUUCAAUCUCAUAUCAGAUAUCUCCCUUGUAUGUAAGUGUACUGAUCCUUUUUUAUCAUGUUCUAUGUGCACAGAAUUUCCCCAAUUGAAAAUCUUCGCUUAAUGUUCCUCCUUUUUUCCAAUCUUUGUUUGUUAUGCUUGUUGUUGAUAUUACAUUGGAGAUUAUUGAUUUUAGGAAUAAUUAUUGCAAUCUUCUUGUAAUGUCUAUCUUGAAUUUUCUUUUUCUUUUUUGGUAUUAUAAAAGCUACUGAUAUAUUCUUCUAAAAAAAGAAAAGAGAUAAAGAGAUCACGGCUCUUCCGUGAUAAACGAGGUUAAAGUUGGAAAGAAGAGAUCAGAUAUUUAAUACAAGUGGUGUUUGUUUGUUGCACAGUAGAGUUGUUCUUGAAAUGAUAUAGGAUGUAUCUAUUCUUUAAAGUCAUCUGGCCUGCUAAAUUCCAUGCUUUUCUGUUCACUGAAAAAAUUCUGUGUCAUGUCUUCCUUCUGUAAUUGGAAGAAAGAUCAAACAUUAACCAUGUAUGAUAUCUAUAUUAGUUUAUAUACAUGUUGGACAGUUCUUAAUACCAUAUGGUUUUCAGUAAGAAUCUAAGGUGGUACUAGAGCUAAUUCCACUUCAUAGGUUUGUCUUACUUAAUAUUCUGCCAAUAGUUUACCUUGGACAACUUUCUCUAAUGUUUUAAUGAUAAAAAUAUCAUACCGCAUUGACAUGUACCCGUUACACAAUAAUUUCUCCGAGUUACACAAAAUAGCUUCUUUGUUCGGACCAAACUGACUUCCAUUAUUUAUCACUGCUAUCCUACUUUGCACCUUUGCUACCAGUCUUUGCAAAUUUUCCCAUUCAAAUCUUCACUAUCACUCUCUUAUCAUCAUAUUUUAUUUAUUUGAAGAUAUAGACUGAAUUUUUUGUGGAUGAAUUGAACUUUUUGUUUCUGGGUAUCUACUCGGCUGUAGGCAUGAACUGUUCUUUUCCUCUUCUGAUUUUUUUUUCUCAAGGUAAUUGAAAUUGGUUCUUUUACACCUUAUAAACAAUUAGUCAAUUUGUUUCAUAAUUAGAUUUCUUUUCUCACUUAUUGAAGGUGAAAUUACCAAAACAUUAUCUACAUCAGACAUAAAACUAUAGCAUUCAAAUUUGUCUCAUUCGUAUUGUAUUCGCACUAUAUAAAAUUGAAAUUCGAAUUUAAUAUAACAACUUACUUUAUUAUUAAAUGAUAACAUUUGGUUCAAAUGUGUAAAUUUGAUACAAUGUAAAAAAAAAUUAUUGCGGUUAAUUAUGAAAAAAGAAUGAUUAAUAUGAAACAAAUAUAAAAAUACAUGGAAUUAUAAACAGAUUGAAUCUAUAUAGCAGCUUCACUCUUAACGGUAGGGGAAAAAGAUCAAAAUGAAUGUUGAAAUGAAAACCAGAAAACUAAAACACACCUCUCAAACUAAAAAAGCCCUACUGCUCAAAAUGACUCCUUCAAUGAAGUCUUCAGGCGAACAAAAUGAGAACCAACAAAAAAAAAAAA